AUGUCGACAUCCAACUCCACCCGGCUCAACCACGCCCUUUCGCUUCUGGUUCAAUCCCCACCCGGUCAGACGUCGCAGGUCUACCACGAUCUUCGUGGCAUCCUCUUUGACGCCGAAUCCAACGCUUCCGACAAGAUCGACGACUCCACCCUCCAGUCCGCUGCAGCUAUUGCCCUGGAAGAGUACAACACGCAACAGCUCGUCACCGCCACGCUUCCCUCUGCCGCAGAUGCACCCGUGAUCAUCUGUCAAGCGGGUCAAAUUGCCGACGCUAGCAGUUCCCCUGGAGUCAAGCGAUACCUGCAUUCGAAGCUGAACAAGACUUUCUUGUUUGACCACGUCAAGAGGACGGUGAGCGAUGUUCAGGAUGCACCGGCUGUGCAUGCAGAAGUGGAAAAGACAAGAGCGGCUCUGCAGCAGGCGUUGGAGGUGUAUGUCAAAGAUAGGUACCCGGACGGCGUGAGCAGUGUCUUUGCCGUCUCGAGUGUACCAUUCAAAGAUGAGGAAGAGCUGAAGGAGGCAGUGGCGAAAGCUGCGGUGGAGGACGCAAAGUCGCCGGCUGAGAACACGACCGCUGUGGUCGACGCCGAAGGAGACGAGGCUGCGGACGCCAAGGACGACGCCGCUGACGAGGCCAAGGCAGACGCAAACGAAGAGGUGAGGGACGACCCUGUGGACGCCGUCGCCACCACUGAAGCCGUUUCCUCCUCCACCCCUGCAGCUGAAACCGAAACCGCACCUCCGAAAACCACCUUUACCAUCCACCACGUGGGCAACCGCUUCAACCUCUCCAACUUCUGGUCCGGUCGAUGGCGCGCCUCCUACACUCUCGACCCGCUCUCUUCGCCACCAACUUUGUCUUCAACCGUCUCCGUCCAGGUGCACUACUUUGAAAACGGCAACGUGCAACUCAAUGCGGCCAAGCCGCGCACCUUCCACUUGUCCAGCAGUGGCGAGGAUGCAGAGAAGCUGGCCAAGGAGGUGGUGGGCGUGAUUGCGGCGCACGAGGAUGGAUGGCAGCAGGCGUUGGAGUCGAGUUAUGACGAGUUGGCCGAGCGGGCGUUCAAGGCGCUGCGGAGGCAGCUGCCUUUGACAAGGCAGAAGGUGGAUUGGGACAAGGUGUUGAACUACAAGCUGGGCGAUGAGUUGGCUCGUUGA